AUGGCUGCCGCCGCCGAUAAAUCCAAGCCUUAUGUACCUCUUGCCGGUGUCGCUGAUGAUGGCUGGUCCAAAGAAGAACAAGCAACGGCUACAUGCUACUGUGGUGCUGUACAACUAGCGUUCAGCGAGCUCAAGCCGACUCAAGGACCAGGACUGAUCGACAGAUUUGUCUGCCACUGCACAGACUGCCGCAAGAUCACGGCAUCAAUGUUUGCAUCCAACUUCAUUGUCGCAGACUCAUAUCUGCGACACCUACGAGGACGUGAAACUCUCAAAACAUUUAGACAGUCGCGGACCACCGCGUCCGGCAAAGCAAUGACCAACUUCUUCUGUUCAGAGUGUGGCACGCUCAUGUACCGUGUUGGAGAGGCAUUUCCGGGGCACAGUAUCCUGCGUAUCGGGACGGUUGAUGACUUCAAUCUGCAUGAAACGAAAUUGAGGCCCAGAAUUGAGCAGUACACUAAGGACCGUGUGGGGUGGUUGUGCAGUGCUGUUGGUGUGAAGCAGGUUGAGGGAUCGGCCUACAGUCCAAAAAGUCGAGCUGCCACUAAGGGAGCCCUUUGA